UCGCUGUCUGUGAAUAAACGCUUCAAAGAUGGCUGCGCCCUUGAUUUUGUCUGAACUUGUCUGACAAAUUGGAAAACAGUAUUUAAACAGAUAGAUCUCGACAUAUUUUAGUUUUAAAUAUACCUUCAGUAGAAAAAAUGGAUUUACACACCACCACACAGUCUAACGCUAAACCUGCUGCCAAGGCAGAAUGGCAUGAUUGGGUCGGUGAAUUGUUUGAACCAGCAUUUGGGGCAACAAUAGAAGAUCUUGUUGCUCAUGAAGAGGAACCGAAGAACAAGCCUAGGGUGAAGCAUAUUUCUGUACAUGAUCCAGAGGCUGUGCGAAAGGUUUAUGAGAAGGUUCACAUGAUGACAGUUCUAGAUGAAGAGAUGAGGCGUCAACAGAAAGAGCAGAGAACCAAACCAGCCUUGAAACAAACAACAAAACAGGAGAACCAGACUGAACAAAAACAAGUAACUUCACAGAGUGAGAUGCGGCCUGGUCAAGUAACAGUAGAUCUUACUGAGUCCUGUAUCUGGGACACCAAUGAGAUAAGCAUUCUCCGUGAAGCAUACAAAUCUCUCAAACAACAGAGUAUAGAUGCAAUGGUUUGUUACAGAGAAACUACUAAACGUAAUAAAGAACUUGAAAGUCUGACUUCGCAGCAGAAAGAAAUAAUUGAGACUCAGAAACGUAAACUGACGGAAGCGCGAAAAGCAAAUAAGAGAUUACACAUUAAUGUGAAUAGUCUUAAUGAAGAAGUGAAAUAUUUGACUGCUAAAGUUGGUGCGAUGGAAGAAGUGAUGAGAGAAAUAAAAGCUGAUCAGUCUGAUAUGGUAAAAGAACUUCAUGAUAACCGCGUAACUACAGAUAAAGAAAGAAUGGAAAGAGGUAGAAUUCAAAUGAAGCUAGAAAAUCUGAGAAAAGAGGCGCUAGCGGAAAAACUUGCUGCUGAAGAUAAGAUUCGAACACAGUGUAGAAAAGCUAUUCAUGAUCUUAAAGAGCAAGUGAAACAGUUAGAAGCAGAGUUGAAAGAGGAGAAAAAUAAGAGACAAAUUACAGAGAAAGGGUUGAAACAUUUGAGAACACAUUUCUCAAGUUUAUCUGUGCAGGAUAUAUUGCCACAAAAUGCAGUAAAUACAGACCAGGUUAAAUUUGUACAAUAUUGAAUUUUAGAGUUAUGACUCAUUUAUUGAAUGUGAUGUAAGGAAAAUGAGUUUUUCUAAUCAAAUGAGGUGUUUAGUCUGGAUUAUCAAACAAUUGAGAGUAGUGAUUAGAGCAUACAUGUAUAUAUAUACUGAGCAACAUUUUUGAUUUAGUCACGUCACAUUCAUGAAUAUUAUAAAAAGUUUUCAAGAUAUCACAGAAACUUCAUAUAUUUGUUAAUAAACUGAUAGUGAACAUAAUCAUGUUGUUUAACCUUUAGCCUGUUGAAUUUCAAAAAUGGACUGGUUCAUCAUUCAAUUUGGCAGUACCAUUUAUUAUUCGAAGGGGUGUUCACUGAAAAUUUACUGACUGAAUAGCGAACAGUGGAGACCAUGCAGGCUGAUCUUGGUCUGCACUGGUCGCAAAGGCAGAAUCACUUGCCGCCAGUAGGCUAAAGGUUAAAGAUAAAAUUACCAUUAUAAGAUACUAUAUUUGAUAUUGAGGGAAUAACAUUCCCCCAUCUGCAUAGUAUUAAGCUAAUUUGAUUUUUACAUUUUUAGCUCGACUAUUCAUAGAAUAGUAGAGCUAUUGGACUCGCCCAUGCGUCGGCGUCGGCGUCGGCGUCGGCGUCUGCGUCCGCGUCCGCGUCCCGAUUUGGUUAAGUUUUGUAUGUAAGCUGGUAUCUCAGCAACCACAUGUGGGAAUGGAUUGAAACUUCACACACUUAUUCACUGUGAUAAACUGACUUACAUUGCACAGGUCCCAUAACUCUAUUUUGCUUUUUUACAAAAUUAUGCCCCUUUUUUGACUUAGAAAUUUUUGGUUAAGGUUUUGUAUGUAAGCUGGUAUCUCAGUAACCACUUGUGGGAAUGGAUUGAAACUUCACACACUUAUUCACUGUGAUAAACUGACUUACAUUGCACAGGUCCAUAACUCUAUUUUGCUUUUUUACAAAAUUAUGCCCCUUUUUCGACUUAGAAUUUUUUGGUUAAGGUUUUGUAUGUAAACUGGUAUCUCAGUACUCACUAAUUGGAAUGGAUUGAAACUUCACACACUUGUUCACUGUCAUGAUCUGACAUGCACAAAGCAGGUUCCAUAACUCUAUUUUGCUUUUUUACAAAAUUAUGCCCCUUUUUCGACUUAGAAUUUUUUGGUUAAGGUUUUGUAUGUAAGCUGGUAUCUCAGUAUCCACUAAUGGGAAAGGAUUGAAACUUCACACACUUGUUCACUGUCAUGAUAUGACAUGCAGUGCAAAGGGUCAAUAACUCAACUUUGCAUUUUACAAAAUUAUGCACCUUUUUAAACUUAGGAGUUUUGGGUUAAAUUCUUAUAUGUAAGCUGGUAUCUCAGUACCCUCUAAUGGGAAUGGAUUGAAACUUCACACACUUGUCCACUGUCAUGAGCUGAUAAGCACUAUGCAGGUUCCAUAACCCUAUUUUGCUUUUUUUAAAUUAUGCCCCUUUUUCGACUUUCGUAUUCAUUCAGUCGACAAGGCUGUUGAAUAGUCGAGCGUUGCUGUCCUCCGACAGCUCUUGUUAUCUAUUAUAAUUAUGCAACAGGUUGAUGCAACUGAAUACAGAAGACUUACCUGAAUUAAACUAUACCAAAUUUGGCCUUCAAAAUACUUAGGUUGUUUACAAAACUGCGGAUGCUUUAUAUACUGAACAGCAAAAGAAACUAUCCAGUUUUAUAACUGGGGUAUUUUUUAUUUAAAAACUUAAAUCACUUGUGUUUUUCAUAUCACAUUACACUUGAAGAACUUCACGUGUAAAAUUUUAAAAAAUCAAUCAACUGUGAAGUCAGUAGUCCCACAAUAGCCGUUUUGCACGCAAACUCGCGUGCACCUGUAAAUAACAAUUUUCUUUGUGAAAUUUUAUUGUCUUUGGAAAUAUUGAUAAUUGGCUAACUCGAAAAACAGCAUAAAUAUUGUUGGUUGCAUCACACGACUGAAUCAAAUUUACUGCGAUAACCCAAUUGGGAUGUUACAAUGCAACUGACGUGCAGAAUAUAUAGCCUUUCAAACGGCUAUUGUGUGACUACUGACUUCACUGUUGACUGUU